AUGGGGAGAGUUUUGGUUAUGAAAUUGGUUUUGAUAUACUCAUUAGUUUUAAAUUCCAUGUCCAGUUUCUGUUGUAGCUUCAUGCAAUUGAACCAUCCUAGACUCGAAGGGAAUGAGACGGAUAGGCUGGCAUUGCUAGCAAUCAAAGCUCAAAUACAACAUGAUCCCAACCGGGUCACAAGCUCAUGGAAUGAAACCCUUCACUUUUGCCAGUGGCACGGCAUCACCUGCAGUCGACGACAUCGCCAAAAGGUGACGAAGCUGGACUUGGGCUCUCUAGCUUUGGGGGGAUCCAUAUCUCCACACAUCGGAAAUCUAAGCUUCUUAAGAGUGCUAAUUUUCGAGAACAAUAGCUUCACUCAUCACAUCCCUCCUCAAAUUGGGAAUUUGCAUAGAUUGCAGUUCAAGGACAAUAAUUUUGGAGGGACGUUGCCCACAUCAAUAUCCAAUCUCUCAAUCAAUCUCCGAGCGCUUGCACUUGGAGGAAACCACCUACAUGGAAGCAUCCCAACUGGAUUAGGGAAUCUUGUCAACCUGCAAUCACUCUCUAUGUCAAGAAACUCCUUCACAGGUAGCAUCCCCACAGACAUUGGGCAGCUUUCAGGGCUUGAGCGAUUGUUUCUUAACAACAACCAAUUAUCAGGGAGCAUUCCAUCUUCUUUUGGAAAUUUAACAUUGUUAACACUUCUCCAAUUGCAAGAAAAUAAUCUACAGAGUAGCAUCCCGUCCAGCCUAGGGAAAUGCCACUGGUUAAACGAAUUAGUUCUUUCAGGAAACAAUCUGAAUGGCAAGAUACCGCCCCAAGUUAUUGGCCUCUCAUCUUUAUCAACAGUUUUGGCAUUGAACAGAAACCAAUUCACUGGUUCCCUUCCGAUGGAGAUUGGGAAACUGAAGAAUUUAGGUCAACUGGACGUUUCUGACAAUUUGUUAUCAGGAGAACUUCCCAGUAGCCUCAGCAAUUGCGAGAGCUUAGAAGUACUACACUUGCAAGGCAACUUCUUCUUGGGACCCAUUCCUUCAUCUAUGAAUGAAUUGAGAGGGAUUCGAGAUUUAGACCUUUCUCGCAACAAUUUGUUGGGAGAGAUUCCACAAUUUCUUGAGGAUCUGAACUUGGAGUACCUGAACCUCUCCUUCAACCAGUUUUGGGGAGCAGUACCAACUGGCGGUGUUUUUAAGAAUGCAAGUGCGACUUCAGUUGCUGGAAAUGCUAGACUCUGCGGAGGUAUGGCUAGUCUUCGACUUCCUCUAUGCAAGCUUAAUGAGUCUAAAGGAGAAGCCCUAUCUCGUAGAAUGAAGCUAAUGAUCUCUCUAGUCUCCGGGUUCAGCCUUUUGGGAUUGGUGGUGCUGUCUCUUUUUCUUCUUGGUAAGAAAAAGAAAGAAACUAAUUUAAGCACUUUGGGGAACUCUGUUUUGCAAGUUUCAUAUGCGACACUCCUCAGAGCUACCGAUGGUUUUUCUUCAGCUAAUUUGAUCGGUGUGGGUGCUUUUGGGUCUGUGUACAAAGGAAUCCUUGCUGAUGAAAGAGUUGUUGUCGCUGUGAAGGUGCUUAACAUGUUACACCAGGGAGCAGCUAAGAGUUUCAUGGCCGAAUGUGAGGCAUUGAGAAAUAUCAGACAUCGAAAUUUGGUCAAGAUCUUAACUGCAUGUUCAAGUAUUGAUUUUGGCGGCAAUGAUUUCAAGGCUCUUGUUUACGAGGUCAUGGACAAUGGGAGCUUAGAAGAGUGGUUGCAUCCAUCUACUGGAACUGGAGAGGCAACAGAAGCACCCAAAAUUUUAAGUCUUAUUCAGAGGCUCAACAUUGCCAUUGAUGUUGCUAGUGCAUUGGAUUAUCUUCACAACCAUUGUGAAACACCGAUCGUUCAUUGUGAUCUCAAGCCAAGUAAUGUUCUCAUGGAUGGUGACCUGACUGGACAUGUUUCUGACUUUGGGCUGUCAAGGUUUCUCUCAGAACCAACCAUGAGUGUUUCUGGAAAUCAAUCAAGCUCUAUUGGAAUUAGAGGAUCGGUUGGUUAUGCUGCACCAGAGUAUGGUAUGGGAAGUGAGGUAUCCACAUACGGGGAUGUCUACAGCUUUGGCAUUGUCUUGUUAGAAAUGUUUACGGGGAAGCGACCCACUGAUCACAUGUUUAGUGACAGCUUGAAUCUUCAUAAUUAUGUGAAGACAGCCCUCCCUGAACUAGUUUCAGAGAUUUCAGAAUCACUUGUUCUUCAAGAAGGCACCACUAAUGUCACUGAAGCUCACAGGCACAGCCGAUUGACUGUGACAGCACAGAAAAUUGAAGAGUGCUUGACUCUGAUACUUGGUAUAGGAAUUGCAUGUUCUGUUGAAUCCCCCACAAACAGAAAGGAUAUAAGUGAUGUUGCAUCUGAAUUGCAAUCCAUUAGGCGCAAUCUUCUCAACUAGAACCUUUCAAAUUAUUAUGUUUUGUGAUGGCUAAUAAAUUGUUGUAUGCUUCUUGUAUUCUGAUCUGUUUUGUUUUUGAAUUCUCUGAAGUCCUGUUGCUACCAUAGUGGUUCUUGAAAUUUGCAUGUUAAUGUACUAAAAUGAAUAAGGAAGAGUACUAAUGCUUAUUGUAAAUAUGUAUCCUAAAUCGAAACACGUACAUGAUCCCAUUCGGAUCAAUGAAUCAAGCUGGAGCUGUCAUGAGCUUGAUCAGUUGUAUUGCAA